UUUUAGGUGAAGGACACACAACAUAUACUCGACUACGCCCUGAGUUGUGUUUAAAUUAGUGAAUUAAUUGAGUAUCGCAAUCGAAUUUAACUAAAUACUGUGUUAAUUGUGGUUAAAUUAUCUAUUGGGUCUCUAGUUUUACUUACCUGGAUAUAAAUUUACAUCUAUUAUUUUAUUUAUCACUUUAAUUGUUUGUGUCUGUGUUUUUCUUUGUUUCUCUCUCUUGGUUUUGCUGGUUUUUAGAAGGUGAUUGAUUAUUGUGCAAGUUUCCACCAUGGAAACAUCUACAUCCAGUGUUACCACCAAAGAGAUUUCAAUCUUGGAAACUGUUGAAGAUAUUCAAGAGAGAAGGGAACAAGUUCUUGGAAGAUAUCAAAGGUUUAAGGAAGAAGCUAAAGAGAAAAGAAGUCUAUUAGAAGAUUCGAAGAAAUUUCAAUAUUUUAAAAGAGAUGCCGAUGAGCUUGAAUCUUGGAUCUUGGAGAAACUACAAACAGCUUCAGAUGAAUCUUACAAAGAUCCAACCAAUUUACAGGCUAAAAUACAGAAACAUCAAGCCUUCGAGGCGGAAGUAACUGCUCAUUCAGAUGCCAUUGUUUCUCUCAGUGCUGGUGGAGGGGAAAUGAUUAACCAGGGACAUUUUGCCUCUGAAGUUAUCACCCAUCGUCUUGAUGAACUUCACCGAUUGUGGGAGCUUCUCCUUUCCAAAUUGAUUGAGAAAGGACUCAAACUUCAACAAGCUCUUUUACUCGUUCAAUUUAACCGUCAAUGUGAUGAGGUUAUGUUCUGGAUUAAUGACAAGGAAACAUUUAUUACCAGCGAUGAAUUGGGUCAAGAUUUGGAACAUGUUGAAGUACUUCAAAGACAAUUCGAUGAAUUUCAGAAAGAGAUGGCAAGCCAAGAAUUUAGAGUUCAAGAUGUUCACAAACAAGCCGAUAAGCUUAUUGGAGAAAAUCAUCCCGAUCAUGAAGUGAUUGUUCGCCGUCGAAACGAAGUUGAAGAAGCAUGGAAACGAUUGCGACAACUUACUUUACUUCGGCAACAGAAACUCGCUGGUGCCCAAGAGAUUCAAAUAUUCAACAGAGAUGCUAAUGAAACUAUUUCCUGGAUCCUUGAGAAAGAUUUAGUUAUAUCUUCAGAUGAUUAUGGUAAAGAUCUUGUUAGUGUUCAAGCUCUCCAACGAAAACAUGAAGGGAUUGAAAGAGAUUUAGCUGCUUUGGAAGACAAAGUUCUCAUCUUAGGUCAAGAAGCUUAUCGUCUUUGUGAACUUCAUCCUGAUCAUAAAGACAAAAUUCAAGCUAAACAUUCAGAAAUUGUUUCUAAUUGGGAUAAAUUAAAAUCUAAAGCUCAAGGAAGAAAACAACGACUCGAUGAAAGUCAUCUUCUUCAUCAAUUCUUGGCUGAUUAUCGUGACCUGACUUCAUGGAUUAAUGAUAUGAAAUCAAUCAUUAAUGCCGAUGAACUUGCUAAAGAUGUUGCUGGAGCUGAGGCUCUUCUCGAAAGACACCAAGAGCAUAAAGGUGAAAUCGACGCUCGAAUGGAUAGUUUUAAGGCAACUGACGAUGCUGGUAAAAUUUUACUCGACCAAGGAAUUGCAACUGAUGAAGUUCGUGAGAAACUAAUGAGCCUUUCCAGUGAAAAGAAUUCACUCCUUGAAUUAUGGGAGAACAAAAGAAUUUUAUAUGAACAAUGUAUGGAUUUGCAGCUAUUUUAUCGUGAUACUGAACAAGCCGACACUUGGAUGGCUAAACAAGAAGCUUUCUUGGCUAAUGAAGAUCUUGGUGAUUCAUUAGAUUCUGUUGAAUCGCUGAUCAAGAAACAUGAAGAUUUUGAUAAAAGUUUGGCAGCUCAAGAAGAGAAAAUCAAAGCAUUAGAUGAAUUUGCUACCAAAGUGAUCGAAGGUCAACAUUAUGCAGCUGAAGAUGUUGCACAGAGAAGAGCAACUCUUCUUGAGAGACGAGCCGCUCUCAUUGAAAGAUCUGAAGCUCGAAGAGCGAUUUUAAAUGAUUCCUAUAAAUUACAACAAUUUGAACGAGAUUAUGAUGAAACUAAAGGCUGGGUCAUGGAAAAGUUGAAGACAGCAUCAGAUGAAAGUUAUUUAGAUUCAACUAAUUUAACUGGUAAACUUCAGAAACAUGAGACAUUCAAGCAAGAAUUGACCGCCAAUGAGCCCAGGAUUAGUGAACUUAACUCAAGUGCACAGUCUCUCAUCCAAAGUAAUCAUUAUGCCGCACCCAGAAUCAGUGAAAGAGCUCAAGAGAUCAGUGAAUUAUGGUCUAGUUUAGUUGAGGCAACUGAACGUAAAGGAAGUAAACUCACUGAAGCAGCUGAUCAGCAACUAUUCAAUCAUGGGGUUGAAGAUAUUGAACUUUGGCUAAAUGAGGUUGAAGGACAAUUAAUGUCUGAAGAUUAUGGUAAAGAUUUAACCUCAGUUCAAAAUUUGAUCAAGAAACAUGCUCUUCUUGAAUCGGAUGUUGCUGCUCAUCAGGAAAAAAUCAACGAUGCCAUUGCCCAGGCUGAUGAAUUUAUCGUUAAUGGACACUUUGAUGCUGAUAAUAUAAAAUCAAAGCGUAACAAUGUCGUCGACAAAUACAAGUCACUUAAAAAGCCAAUGAUUAGCCGACGUAAUCGAUUGAAAGAUGCUCUUCGGUUGCAAAAGCUUUUCCGUGAUGUUGAAGAUGAAGAGGCUUGGAUGAGAGAGAAAGAACCAAUUGCUGCAUCAACUAAUCGUGGUCGUGACUUAAUCGGUGUACAAAAUUUAAUUAAGAAACAUCAAGCUGUCAUGAAUGAGAUAAAUAACCAUGAACAUCGUAUCCGAACUGUUUGCUCGAAUGGUGAAGAUAUGAUCAACGAAGGUCAUUUUGCAUCCGAUGAGAUACAAAAAAGACUCUUCUCUUUGAACGAUAAAUGGCAAAGUUUAAAGGAAAAAGCAAACAAACGAAAGCAGGAUUUAGAUGAUUCUCUUCAAGCUCAUCAGUACUUUGCGGAUGCAAAUGAAGCAGAAUCAUGGAUGAAGGAAAAGGAGCCGAUUGUUGGUGGGCAAGAUUUCGGUAAAGAUGAAGAUUCAACCGAAGCUCUUCUCAAGAAACACGAGGCUCUCAUGGCCGAUCUUGAGGCCUUUAGGAACACGAUCUCGAGUCUACGUGAUCAGGCAGCUGCGUGUAAACAACAAGAAACACCGAUUGUUGAUCAAACUGGUAAAGAGUUUGUCAUGGCUCUUUACGAUUAUGUUGAGAAAUCUCCUCGUGAGGUUUCAAUGAAGAAAGGAGAUGUUCUCACUUUACUUAAUUCCAAUAAUAAAGACUGGUGGAAAGUCGAAGUCAACGACAGGCAAGGGUUCGUCCCAGCGGCUUAUGUCAAAAAGAUUGAAGCUGGUCUUUCAGCUAGUCGACAACAUCUUGCUGAACAAAAUUCAAUUUCAGCUCGACAAGGUCAAAUUGAUAAGCAAUAUGUUAACCUUUUAGAUCUUGGCGGUGAACGUGCAACUCGACUUCAUGAAUCAUGUAAAGCUUAUCAAGUGGUUCGAGAGGCCGCUGAAUUGGGCCAAUGGAUUCGCGAUAAAGAGCAACAUGCACAAGUUCAAACUGUUGGUGAUGAUUUGGAAGAAGUUGAAAUUCAUCAGAAAAAGUUUGACGAUUUCCAAUCUGAAUUGAAAUCUAACGAAGCUCGUCUACGAGAAAUGAAUGAAGUUGCUACCAAACUUGUUAAUCUUGGUCAAACUGAAGCCGCUGUCCGAAUUAAUCAACAAAUUGACGAAUUAAACUCUAAAUGGGUUAACCUACAACAAGCAGCUGACAAACGAGCUGAACAACUUGGUUCAGCCCAUGAAGUUCAACGUUUCCAUCGAGAUAUCGAAGAAACUAAAGAUUGGAUUCGUGAAAAAGAUGAAGCUCUAAACAAUAACGAUUACGGUAAAGAUUUACGAUCAGUUCAAACGUUACAAAGAAAACACGAAGGUUUGGAACGAGAUCUCGCUGCUUUGGGCGAUAAGAUCAGAUCUCUUGACGAGAUCGCCCAAAGACUGAUGAAAACACAUCCAGAAACCGCUGAUCAAACAUACCAAAAGCAAAUUGACAUAAAUCGCGAAUGGGAUCAAUUAAUUGCUAAAGCAACUGCUCGACGUGAGAAACUUGAUGAUUCCUAUGAACUUCAACGUUUCCUUGCUGAUUAUCGUGAUCUAAUGUCAUGGAUCGUCUCAAUGAAAACUCUAGUCUCUUCUGAUGAGCUCGCAAAUGAUGUAACCGGAGCUGAAGCUCUUCUUGAAAGACAUCAGGAACAUCGAACUGAAAUUGAUGCUCGAGCCUCAACUUUCCAAACAUUUGAAAUAUUUGGUCACCAUUUGUUGGACAGAGGUCAUUAUGCUUCUGAUGAAAUCGCUGAGAAGAUGAGAGAGAUCGCUCAGGCAAGAGAUGAUCUUGAAAGAGCUUGGUUUGCUCGGCGAGCUAAGCUUGACCAAUGUUUGGAACUUCAAUUGUUUUAUCGAGAUUGUGAACAGGCCGAAAACUGGAUGGCCUCUCGUGAGGCUUUCCUAUCUUCGGAUGAUAUGGGCGGAGAUAAUGUUGAAGUAUUAAUUAAAAAACAUGAAGACUUUGAUAAAGCGAUAAGUGCACAAGAAGAAAAGAUUGCACAAUUAACUUCACUUGCUGACCAAUUGAUUGGUCAUGAUCAUUAUGCAUCGCAACCAAUCAAGGACAAGAAAGAUCAAGUUUUGGAUAGAUGGCAGAAUCUUAAAGAAGCUCUGAUUGAGAAGCGUUCUAAGCUUGGUGAAUCGCAGACUUUACAACAAUUUUCACGAGAUGCUGAUGAGGUUGAAAAUUGGAUUUCGGAAAAACUUCAAAUGGCACAAGAUCAAAGUUACAAAGAUCCUGCAAACAUACAAUCAAAACAUCAAAAACAUCAAGCAUUUGAAGCUGAACUUAAUGCUAACAAAGACAGAAUCACUUCCAUCAUUGGUAUGGGUGAGAAACUGAUUGAUCAGCAUCAAUGUGCUGGCUCAGAAGAUGCUGUUCAAAAUCGUUUAACCUCAAUCAGGGAGCAGUGGCAACAUUUAUCAACAAAGACAACUGAAAAAUCAUUGAAAUUAAAAGAUGCCAAUAAACAGCGAACCUUUAAUGCUGCCGUCAAGGAUUUAGACUUUUGGUUGGAUGAGAUUGAAGGUUUAUUGAAAACUGAAGAUUCUGGUAAAGAUUUAACAUCAGUUGAAAAUCUCAUCAAGAAACAUGAUCUACUUGAGGUUGAUAUUUCUGCUCGAGAUGAUCGAAUCAAAGAUCUUGACCAUUUAGCUGAUAGUUUAAUAGAAUCUGGACAAUUCGAUCCUUCUGUUAUCCAAGAGAAACGUUCAUCGAUCAAGGAACGUUAUGAAAGAAUUAAAACUUUAACCGAUAAUCGUCGACAACGACUGAAUGAAGCCAAUACUUUACAACACUUUUUCCGAGAUAUCGCCGAUGAGGAAUCAUGGAUUAAGGAUAAAAAGUUACUAAUUAGCUCGGGUGAUUUCGGCCGUGAUUUAACCGGUGUUCUUAAUCUUCGCAAGAAACAUAAACGUUUUGAAGCUGAGCUUGCGACUCACGAACCUUCCAUACAAGCCGUCCAAAAUGCCGGUCAAAAACUCAUGGAUCAAUCUAAUCUGGGAAUUCAAGAGAUUGAAUCGAGACUUCAAGCAUUAGAAAAUAACUGGCAAGAUUUGAAGUCAUUGUCGGGUGUUAGAGGAAAUAAGCUUGAAGAAAGUCUUGUGUUCCAACAAUUUUUAGCCAAAGUAGAAGAAGAAGAAGCUUGGAUCUCAGAGAAGCAAAAACUGAUCGCCGUUGAGGAUUAUGGUGAUACAAUGGCCGCUGUUCAAGGUUUAAUCAAAAAACAUGAUGCAUUUGAAGCUGAUUUCACUGUUCAUCGGGAAAGAUGUGCUGACAUAAUUUCCGCUGGUCAACAAUUGAUUGUUGAAGGUAAUCAUCACAAAGAUACCAUUGAUCAACGUUUGAAUGCUCUUCACGCUCGGCUUGAUUAUUUACAAGAAAGUGCUCGUAAGAGAGCCGGUAAAUUGAAUGACAAUGCAGCUUACCUUGAAUUCAUGUGGAAAGCUGAUGUUGUUGAAAAUUGGAUUGCAGAUAAAGAGGUUCAAGUGAGCAGCAAAGACUAUGGUCGGGAUCUUUCAUCCGUUCAAACUUUAUUGACAAAACAAGAAGCAUUUGAUACUGGAUUGGUUGCAUUUGAGCAAGAAGGUAUCCUUUCAAUUACACAAUUGAAAGACCAAUUGAUUGCCAAUAAUCACAUUCAAAAUGAGGCUAUUAUGAAGCGUCAUGGUGAUGUAAUGAACCGUUGGAAUGAACUUUUGGCUGCUUCACAAGCAAGAAAACAGAAACUUCUUCACAUGCAGGAGCAGUUUAAGAUGAUUGAAGAUUCAUUCCUUACCUUUGCUAAAAAAGCUUCUGCAUUUAAUUCUUGGUUUGAGAAUGCUGAAGAAGAUUUAACUGAUCCUGUUAGGUGUAAUUCUAUUGAAGAGAUACGAGCUUUAAGAGAGGCUCAUCAACAAUUCCAAGCUUCUCUAACCUCAGCUCAGACUGAUUUCCAACAAUUGGCUGAACUUGAUAGUCAAAUUAAAUCUUUCAACGUUGGUUCUAAUCCGUAUACCUGGUUCACCAUGGAAGCUCUUGAAGAUACCUGGAGAAAUUUGGAGAAAAUUAUUCACGAUCGUGAUGCUGAACUUCACAAGGAAUCACUUCGUCAAGAGGAAAAUGAUCGACUACGAAAAGAGUUCGCUAAACAAGCCAACAGUUUCCAUCAAUGGCUCGCAGAUACAAGAAUGUGGCUACUUGAUGGCUCAGCGAUGAGAGAGGGAACAGGCUCUUUGGAAGCUCAACUCGAGGCAACUCGAAGUAAAGCGACCGAGAUUAAACUGAAGAGAGAUGACCUGAGGCAGAUUGAAAGGUUGGGUGCUACUCUGGAGGAACAUCUUAUUCUUGACAAUAGAUACACCGAACACUCUACUGUUGGACUUGCCCAACAAUGGGAUCAAUUGGAUCAACUAUGCAUGAGAAUGCAGCACAAUCUUGAGCAACAAAUUCAAGCCCGAAAUCAAUCUGGUGUCUCUGAAGAAUCGCUUCGUGAGUUCAGUAUGAUGUUUAAACACUUUGACAAGGAGAAGGGUGGAAAACUUAAUCACCAAGAUUUCAAAAACUGCUUACGAGCCUUGGGUUAUGAUCUUAAAAUGGUCGAGGAAGGGGAGUUCAAUCCUGAAUUCGAGGGUUUAUUGGACCAAGUUGACCCCAAUCGUGAUGGUUUUGUAACUCUACAAGAGUACAUGGCUUUUAUGAUUGGUCGGGAAACUGAAAAUGUUUCUAAUCGUGAAGACUUUGAAAAUGCCGUCCGGGCCAUCGCCGAGGAGAAGCCUUAUGUUACCUCCGAGGAAUUAUAUUCUAAUCUCACCAAAGACAUGGCAGAUUAUUGUUUACGUCGUAUGAAACGUUAUGUUGACCCCAAAUCAGGACGAGAAAUAACCAAUGCCUAUGACUACGUUGAUUUUACACAAACUUUAUUCCAGAAUUAGUUUCCUGCUAAGUUUUUUUUCCUUCGCAAUUUCAUGAAACACGCUCUCUCUUUUUCUCAUAAAAAAAUCAAUCAAUCAAUUAUAUAUUAUAAUCUCUACCACCGCCACAACUUACAUGAAAAACACCACAAUCACUUGUCGCUCUUUGCUCUUUAUCUAUUCUUAAAAUGGUAUUUAUCCUUAUAAAAACCACAGACUAUUAAUUAAUAUUAUUGUCAUGAUUAUUAUAUACACCAAAUAUAUUUACGCUAAAACCAAA